AUGCCGCCGCCCCUGCCGCUCAUGCGGGAAGCUCUUUCCUUGACGCCGGGCGGAGAAGUCUCGCCCCGGCUGAGGGCAGACGACCUCAACGAGACUCUCGCCUGGCUGGACUACUGCGUUGCCAGUGGUAGGCCCUUCAAGCAGACGGUCAUUCAGCAUCUCAGCAAAACCCGCCAGAAGGACUUUACCUGGAAACAGAUUGACGACAAGAUUAAAAACCUGUGGAAUUGGGGACCCAACAGGUACACGACGGAGAAUAGCACGCAUCUGUCUAUUUACCAUCGUGGGACCAAGGCCAUCAGUAUCCUUAAACUCGAACACGAGGCGAGAAAGGCUUUACACAGAAGGGUCCAGCAGCUACAGGAGGAACAUGCCCUAGACAGUCCGUCGCCCGGCAGAAAGCGCCGAAGAAGGAAGAGAGCCAGGAGAGGGGCGGCCGUUGGUCACCUUGAUGGCAGGUCCUCAUUGCGUCCGAUCAGUGAUACAAUAGAGGUCUCUGUGCCUUCCAGGAAGGUGCAGGGUGAGGGCGCAGUGAGGGUCAAAACAGAGGUACGGUCUGGUCCAGUCUCUGUCAUGUCCAGGUCCGUCGGUCCAUCACAGCAGAGGCCGACUUUCGACUCUCAGCCUGCGUCCAAGCCGAACACGAGAGAGGUGUCCGCCACUAUACCCUCCAUCUCGGACAGUGAGGAUCCAGGUGACUCAGGCUUUCCCACAACCCCCUUGGCAGGCAGAGUUUGUAUCACCGCGACUCCGUUCUCGAAUGUGGGCUCCCAAGAUGUCAAGCCUGCGAUCUUCUUCUCCCCAGCCGACGAAGACCAAAGGAUGGAGAUCCUCGGCCCACAUGAGGAACGCGAGUCCUCGGUCUACGCCUGUGAUGAAUGUGAGACAACACGCAAGCUUCUGGAAGACCGGGACAAAGACCUGCAAUACGUCCGAGGCCAGUUAUCGGAUGCCCUGGAGGCCAACAUGGAACUGAGACAUAGACUACAAGGCGCAGAGCACACUCGUGCCAUCUGGCUCAAUGCGGGUGACGAAGCAGCCCGAAGCCAGCUGGAGCGUUAUCUCACCAGAGUCGAAGACCUCACCUGCCAGCUGAAGGAUAAAGAAGCUCUCUGUCCGUUCACGACCCGGUCGUCGAAAAAGCAUAUUCCAUUUGAUGAGAAGUAUUUCCAGGACGAGAUGGUGGACAUCAGGAAUCGACUUGAUGACCUGCUAACCUGUGCUGAGACUCUCCGGCCCUGCAAUGAUGUUAGAUUCGAUACACUCGGUGAGGACUUGGGACUGCUCGCUCAGCGGGCCACAACGAAGUCAUCCAAAGUCGUGCGAGCUGUUUCCUUCCAUUCACUCCUGCAAUCAUUGCUCUCUGCAGCAAUAUGCGAGUGGGUUUUUGAAAGUCCUGUUGACGAGCAGGUAUUUACAACGACUCCUCUCCGAGAGACCAUGUUGUCCCAUCUGCGAACCCAAGAUGGCGAUGCAGUCGUACGCAAUCUGGACUUUGCGGCCCACCACACAUUGAUCGAAAGCCCUUAUUACCAAGACGAACUGAUCCCACGACGGGCCAAGGCUUUGGCGAUACGGGCAUCCGAAAUGAUUCAGCCCUUGUUGGGCUUGCAAAAGAGCCUUGGCCUCUGGGAAGUGGAUAUUCUGGAAAUGUGGACAAGGCAGAGACCAAGACUGGAAGACGUCUUUGUGUCAGCAUUGAAGAUCAAAGCGAAAGCGCUCGUUUGUAAAGACAUUUUCGAGGUCAUCUUUCCCUCGCCAGGGGAUGCCUUCGACGGUGAGCUCAUGGAGGAGGAAAAGUCGAUCGUGGGCGAGAAGCUGGACAAAACCUCGUGUGUCCAGCUGUGCUUGGUCCCCGGGCUUCGGAAGUUUCCCUUCGACCGCAAGUUGGUCGACUACAACAGCUUUCGGAAGCCGCAACAGUUCACUGACGACGCCUCUGACCUGAUCGCUGAAGCCGUUGUUCUCGUCCACUAG